AACCAGUAGAGCUGGAGAGGGUUCGUCUCCUGACGCUGCACACUAUCUGUUCGCAUGAAUGGGUUGUCAUUUAGCCUGGCGGCAUUUCUUCUGAUUAAGUGGUUACUUAGAUUUUCAUUUUAAGUGUGGGUAGAAAGCAGCAUCAAAAUGGCUUUGGAAGAAUUGCGAGGGGUAAUCAAGAGAUGUCGAGGUUUACCUGAAACAGAGUUUAAAGAUGAAGAUCACAGCAUAUUUCAAUUGGCAGCCUGCCAGUGCCUGGAAGAAGGGCAUGCAGCUGAACUUUUGAAGAUUCUGCAGGAUGAACAAAAUAAGGACUUUUUUAUCUGCAUGGGCUGGAAUCUUGUUGGUCCUGUUGUCAAUUGUACAUUGAAAGAUGAGCAACAGAUUGAGGACAGGGAAAUCUACUUGAAAAUACUGGACCAUGUGGUAGAGAUAAGUAACCCAAAGGAACUUCUGUUGGGUUUACUUGAAAAGAUUGAGGACUCUUUUGGAAAGAAUAUAUCUAAAACCAUCUUGCUUCUCCUGCAGCCGCUUCAGACAGUGCUAUUAAAAAUGAAACACAAAAAGGCAUAUUCUGUGGGAUUGGCUCUUGCAACCAUUCAAAGCCAACUCUCCAAGUUACCUGUACCUAUUAAUGAUGAGCAACACAAACAGGAUGCAUAUGAGCUUUGCAAGUGUUAUAUGGCUGUUAGCUCUUUUGUGAAACCAUUUUUGGAUGAAGUGACUCAAACAACAAAUUCCAAGAGAAAUCCUUCCUAUAAUGAGCUAAAGGAGGAACUACUAAAAUUCUUUAUGAAAUGUUUGGAAUACCCACUACUGACUGCACAGUUACAGCCUUUAACUGAAGAGAUUGAAGACAAUUCAUUGAGAGUUUUUGCUGCUGAAAUUGUAGUUUUCCUGGUGGCAAUUGGUGAAUCUCUUCCUGCAUUGAUGGUUCAUCAGUUGUUAAAGUCCAGAAAAAAACUGCAGGAGAUUGACCCUCUGCAAGAAGAUAUCAAAUACCCUACAAAUUCACUGGCAAGCCUGGCAUAUCUUUUAUUUGUUCAGCAGAUUGGUAUUGAUCAAUUUCCAGCUGUGUACAGCCCUGCAUACCUACUACAAUUCAAUUUGGAAUAUAUAUCUGCAUUAAUAAGCAGGACAGAAGAAUCCAUUUUAUCAAAAGGAUUAGAAUUGUACGAAUGUUGUUUAUUAAAAAUUGAAGAUAAUCAUCUUUCCCACAAGUAUUUGGAAAUCAAAAACAUUCUUGGUGUUCCACAGGAUUUAGUGAAGGUGAUGACACUCUGUCCUUUUGAACAUGUGCGGAAAUGGAGCCUGAAGAUAUUCCAGCAGAACAUUGAUAAAUUUGACUCGGAAGGAAAAUACAAAUUGUUUAGGUGCUUAUGGAAGACAACCCAUCAUGCGGGAGUACAAGGUUAUAUAAUACAAAAUAUUAAAAAUCAGAUUGAUCUAGCAUUGAAGACCAGUAAUGGAAAUGGGUGGUUCUCAGGCCCACAAUUGAUCCCACUUCUUCAUUUAGUCCUUUCACUUCCUGAAGGAGCUGAAACAGACUUGCUUCAAAACUCAGACCGGAUCAUGGAAUCACUGAAUCUUCUCAGAUACCUUGUGAUCAGGGAUAAUGAAUGGGAGAAUCGAACUGGAUUAUGGACUGAUCUUUUCUGGAUUGAAAACUUUCUGAAGCCACUGCGAACUGGUUUGAAUAUGUCUAAGGCUCAUUAUGAAGCAGAGAUCAGAAACAAAAGAGAAAACCAGAAAAUUAAAGAUACUCCUGAUCAUGAAACACAGUGUUCCUUGACAGUUGGUGGUAAAAAGUUACCAAAAAUGACUAAUGCUAUGCAGUUGGAGGUUCUACAGUCAGCUAUCUACACCUUUGACGUAAUGGAAAGUGUACAGGCACGAAUAGAAGAGCUGAUGGAGCUAAAAAUGAAAUCCAGAGCUCAGAGUAAAAAUGUAGCCAAUGGAGCUUUUUAGAUUUACAAGAGAAAAGUGUCAAAACUAUGUAAAUAUAUUUUGAUCUUUUAUUCCAAACUACUGUACUUACUGGAGGGAUUUACUUUGUAUACUACUAUUUAACUUUUUCAAACCAGUCUGUAUAAUAAUUUAAAAUAUUUUUACUAUGAAGCAGAUCUACUGAACCUGCUCACCCAGAAGAAAUGUUGUAUCAUCUCAAUAUAGAUCUACCUAAGACUUAAAAAGAAAGUCCCUCUAGCUUCAGUAUAUUACUGCAUAGAUUUCUAAUGAUUGUACCAUACAUUUGCAGUUAGUUAAGAAUCAAUGGUGACAUAUUACAGUUUGAAAGAAAAAUGCCAGACUGAACUUGUGCUUUUUGAUGCACUGUGGCUUUAGCAGCUAGGGGAGAAAAAUAUUUUUCUUUCUUUGUUGAAAAUUUAUUUCAAAACAAAAAAUUAAAAUGUAAUUAUCACAACUC